AUGGACCCUGUUUCGAUCACGGCAUCAGCAAUUACACUGAUUACGGCAGCUGGCGCUGUCAAGACGUCGCUCCAGCGCCUCGCGCACUCGCUCAAGACUGCCGAUUCACGCAUCACUGAACUCUGCAAUGAGCUGGUCAAUCUUACGGCUUUCCUGGAGGCCGUAGAGCGCACACUGAAUGGAUGUCGUCCGCUCGACUCAGCCUGUGUGGAUGAGGACCUCUGGCACCAGAGCGAGCUGUGUCUCGUGGAUUGCCAGGUAACGCUCAACGAGUUGGCUGUAUUGGUGGACAAGGUCAAGCGUAAAGCCAGGACCAGGGGCUUCGGAUGGAAAGUGCGCGCCGCUGUAGACCUGAGCGUUUACGGCCCGGACAUCGCCAUGUUCAGAGACAAGCUUCACAAGUCCAAUUGGGCUCUGCAGACUCUCCUCCACACCGUCACCGUAUCGCUCUCUCUCCGAAACAAUGCCUCCCAAGACAUGAUACUCUUUGAGCUCGACCGGCUCAAGUCGUCCAUCGACGAGGCGCUGCUGGCGUCCCUCCGGCCGCCUCAGGGUUUCAGCCAAAGCCUCUCUUCCGAUUCGCGUGUCGCACGCAACCUGCGCAACCUCGCACAGGCUGCCAGACACUUCCACUCUGCCGCCAGCUCUACCGCCAGCACCGUUCGUGACCGCGCCGGCAGUCUGCUUGGCGAUUUACCCACUUACCGCCGGGAGCGCGUGGAGACGUUUAUCAGGUCUGCGCCUAGCCACAUUUCUCACGCAGGUCGCGAGACACCUGCGACAGCAGCCUCGCCUGCGUCAGGCUCGGUCCGCAGCCCGACAUCGCCCACGCUCGCUAAUUCUCGGCCUCUUCGGGUAGCACCGUCGACUAUUUCUCAAGGGUCUGUUGCCGAGGACGACAAAAAGAACGACGAGGAGGAUGACGAGGUAGAGUUUGAAGAGUUGUUCCUUGACGGGCUCGAGGACCUUGCCAAGGACAGCAUUCGGCGUAAACAGUUCGAGAAGGCCAUAUCGCUACUCACCCAGGCGAUUCAGCGAACGGAGAAUGCCAGCUCCGUCAAGAAAGAUAUCCGGUGGCUACAGACCCAGCUAGCGUUGUGCCAUUUCUUCAGGGAUGACUGGAAGCAUGCCGAGCCCAUCGUCUCUGCCCUGGCAGCUUCCGCAGAGCCAUCCUCGUACUUGGCCUCGAUGGUUUGGACCAUGCUCCAUGCUUUGGCGCUCGCCUAUCUGUCGAUGUAUGCGUUUGACAACGCCUUGAACAUGUGCAAGAAUGCUAUUCAGACGCAGAGGAGGUGGGCGAGGAGCAGGCAGCUAGAUCGGCGGGAUGUCAAGGGCUGCGCAGAGACGACCGGCCUCCUCGCUACCAUCUUCGAGAUGCAGGGCGACUUCAUCGCAGCCGAGAUCUACCGGCGCCAGCUACCAGAGCACUUUAUCUACCACCACUGCUCGAACCCACGGGAGUUCCUCGCCGGCCAGCGCAACCUUCUGCGGGGAAUUCUCGGAUACGACCUGCCGGAUUUCUGUGACAACCGUCCCGUGAGCGGCCUGCUCGGGUUCUACGAACUCUCCGGAGGCUCACAGCAUGAUGCCUCUGUACCGCGGCUUACCAUCUCCCGCAGAUCCCGCACGGUCACAGGCAGCGGGGACAUGUCACCGCUAAGGGCCAGUCGCCAUCAGUGGGAGAAAUUCGAGAUGGACACGGGAAAAGAGGUCGUUGUUUCCGCGCCUGAAUACUCCGCUGACAAGACAGAGGAAGGUGAUGACGAAGGCUUGUCAACGGCUUCGAACAGCCCGUGCAGCACGACAGACAUUGGUCGGAUCAAAAGGAGAACCACAAGGAUUUUUGACACGCGGCGUGGUCGACACCGAGAGUCAGUUAUAGGGGGCGAGGAAGCCGACUCGGGAGCUUUCCCGGCCGCAUCUCCUCUCCGACAGUGGUUCGCCAAAGGCAAUAUAUUCGCCAUCAAGCCGUCCAGAACUGUGCUGCGGAAGCGACCUAACAUCAAUCGGACCGCUCCUCUUCUCUUGGACUCGGACCGCCCAAAGACAUUUCGCGUUCUCCGCGUACUGCACACCACCGGUCCCAACCUUGACUCGUCUGAGCCGUCUACUCCAAGUCACGUUUUACCAGAGACGAAUUCGAGGACAUUCUUCAACGGCCAUUCCAUUCCAGAGCUGUCUGGCGAAACCCGCAGAGCUUGUCCCUCACUGGAGAGUCUCGCGGGUAAGCAGACAGGCAAUGCUCCCAGUCGCAACGGUGAUGAUGUCCUGUAUGUAGACAGCUUCCCAUACCACGGUCUCGAACCCCAGCCUGUGAGUCACCGUGUCGCAAUCCUCCCGGAUCAAAAGACCGAUAAUUUCACCGUCCGUAAUGGUGCUAUGUAUGUCGACUAUUUCAAACGCCGUCGCGAUGGAAGCCAGCCUGUGUAUCGGCAGACGCCUCUAGGAGCAGGCCAAUCUUCAGCGGCCAUGGAGGCUCCUGCGGGCCAGCUGAAGAACGCCCGUGCCUUGGACAUGCCCAAAACCAGCGCCGUUGUUGAAGAGUCCAGUCGGCAGGCUGUCCCCGCAGAAGCGGGGCGUCUGAUGACUGGUUCAGGCUCUCAAGAGACGAAGGAAAUCGGCACCAUUCUCGCCGGUCGAGGCCGUGACGUGCUGCGACGGGCUGUAGCACACCAGCACGAGCCUGGCACGGCAAUUCUCUCACAAGGAGGAGCCGCCACCCUCUCAAGGGUCGCAGCUAUUCUCGCGAGUUUGCCCGAUGCCACAAAGAGUAUGGAUGCGAAUAAGCUCUUUGCGACAAGACUCGAGCUCGCAGCCUUGUCGGCGCGCCUAGAGAGAUGGAGCGCUGAUUCCACGCUCUCUCGGGACCUGCAAGCCGUUAUCCGGUCUCUUCCCUGUAGACCUGCUCCCUUGAACGAGGGACAUGACUCUGGAUACGAGUCGAUGGGUCAUGAGUGCAGCGAUGACGAUGACGGCAUGCUGUUGGACGGGAACAACUCGGUUUCGGAGCCUGAGCCGAGAGAUACGAAGCCGCAAGAACCAGCAACAUGCCACGGGGAAGGCAAGAGUCGAGGGAGAAUGGAAGAGUUGAAGAGACGGCUUUCCUGGGUGGCAGGCGAUGAAGCGUCAUAUCUGGCGAGGCCUGGGAGUCUCCAAGCUGAGAAAGACUUGGAAGUGUUGGACGCGAGUCAACGUAAGGAGGAUAGCAAAAGGGGGUAG